CGUCUUUUGUAGCUCUUCGCUCCUAUAAAGCUCGUCUCAGCGCAGGGAGUGGUCCAAGCUAGCGAGCGAGCUCUCAAAUUUGGUUUCUUCUCCAUUCUCUUCUUUGCAUCGACUUCGAGCGACACAGACGGCAAUGGCGUCGACGGUGAGGAGGGUCAAGCUGGGGUCUCAGGGUCUUGAGGUCUCCGCCCAGGGGCUGGGCUGCAUGGGCAUGUCCGCCUUCUACGGCGCUCCCAAGUCCGAGUCCGACAUGGCCGCGCUCAUCCACCACGCCGUUGGCUCCGGCGUCACCUUCCUCGACACCUCCGACAUCUACGGCCCCCACACCAACGAAGUCCUCCUCGGAAAGGCACUGAAGGGAGGGGUGAGACAGAAGGUGGAACUGGCGACCAAGUUUGGCCUCAGCUUUGCGGACGGCAAGUGGGUGGCACAGGGCAAUCCAGAGUACGUGAGGGCAGCUUGCGAGGCCAGCUUGAAGCGGCUCGAUGUCGAUUGCAUCGACCUCUACUACCAACACCGUAUUGACACUCGGGUCCCCAUCGAAAUCACUGUAUGGAUCCUCAUUAAACCUUUGCCUCUCUUGAGACUUUCUCUGAGCCAUAUGAUCAGUUGCUCAACUAGAUUGGUGUUGCUUAUUGGAGAGCUCAAGAAACUCGUCGAAGAGGGUAAAGUCAAGUACAUCGGUUUAUCGGAGGCCUCUGCAUCAACCAUCCGAAGGGCACAUGCUGUUCAUCCCAUCACGGCGGUGCAAUUGGAGUGGUCGCUGUGGUCAAGAGAUGUGGAGGCGGAGAUCGUUCCCACAUGCAGGGAGCUUGGCAUUGGAAUAGUUGCGUACAGUCCGUUAGGACGAGGAUUCUUUUCUGUUGGCUCCAAGUUGUUGGAGAACAUCUCCAAGGAUGACUCCAGACAGUACCUACCAAGGUUCCAGCCAGAUAACUUGGCUCACAAUGCGAAGUUGUUCGAUCGAGUGAGUGAAAUUGCGCAGAGAAAGGGAUGCACCCCGUCGCAGCUAGCCCUCGCCUGGGUACACCACCAGGGCGAUGACGUCUGCCCGAUUCCUGGCACCACCAAGAUCGAGAAUUUCAACCAGAACAUUGGAGCCCUGUCCGUGAAGCUCAUGCCGGAAGAGAUGGCCGAGCUUGAAUUGAUUGCUACUGCAGACAAUGUCAAGGGCGGAAGGUACGGCGACAACAUAUCAACAUGGGAAAACUCCGAAACUCCGCCCCUUUCCUCAUGGAAAGCCGCUUAGAAAAGCAUGUCCGCUUCUGUCGCCGCCGCAUCUUCGAUAUGCAGAGCU